UGCUAGCGGCCGAGCUUGGGAGCGUCGGCAGGAAGCCCGGCCCGCCUCCGCCGCCGCAGUACAGACUAGGGUAGUGGCAGCGCAGUCAGUUAGCAGGCUAGGCAGGCGGGCGGACGGGCAGGCAAGCAGGUCGCCGCAUCUUUCGGCCUCCUCUUCCCCCUCCCUCGGAGCUUUUCUCGCGCACGCGUCACAGUCCCCUGGGCAUCUUCCGCUCUCCUCCCGCCCCUCCGCCUCUUGCUGCGCUCUCCGCGCCCCCGGCCUCGAGCUCGCGCGCACCCACCUCUCACCAUGUGCGGUAUAUUUGCAUACCUGAACUACCAUGUUCCACGGACAAGGAGAGAAAUCUUAGAGACUCUCAUCAAAGGACUUCAGAGACUGGAAUAUAGAGGAUAUGAUUCUGCUGGAGUGGGAGUUGAUGGAGGCAAUGACAAAGAUUGGGAAGCCAAUGCCUGCAAAAUCCAGCUUAUUAAGAAGAAAGGGAAAGUUAAGGCACUGGAUGAAGAAGUUAACAAACAACAGGAUAUGGACUUGGAUAUAGAAUUUGAUGUUCAUCUUGGAAUAGCUCAUACUCGUUGGGCCACCCAUGGGGAGCCUAAUCCAGUUAAUAGCCAUCCACAGCGCUCUGAUAAAAACAAUGAAUUUAUUGUAAUUCACAAUGGGAUUAUCACCAACUACAAAGAUUUGCGAAAGUUUCUGGAAAGCAAAGGUUAUGAUUUUGAAUCUGAAACAGAUACAGAGUCAAUUGCUAAACUUGUUAAAUACAUGUAUGACAACCGAGAAAGUGAUGAUAUCAGUUUCACAACACUGGUGGAGAGAGUAAUCCAGCAACUGGAAGGUGCCUUUGCACUUGUGUUUAAGAGUGUACAUUAUCCUGGACAAGCAGUAGGUACAAGACGAGGGAGCCCCCUCCUGAUUGGAGUACGAAGUGAGCAUAAACUCUCCACGGACCAUAUCCCAAUACUGUACAGAACAGCUAGGGUUCAGAUUGGAUCAACCCUCACACAAUGGGGAUCUCAGGGAAAAAGAGCUGUACAAACUAUGGAUCAUUCUAUUGAUGAAAUAUCCAUAAAACAGGAAAAAGGCAAAGACAAGAAAGGAAGUUGUAGUCUCUCUCGGGUGGACAGCACUACUUGCCUUUUUCCUGUUGAAGAAAAAGCUGUUGAAUAUUACUUUGCUUCUGAUGCAAGUGCUGUCAUAGAACAUACCAACCGUGUGAUCUUUCUUGAAGAUGAUGAUGUGGCAGCUGUGGUGGAUGGUCGUCUUUCUAUUCAUCGAAUUAAACGUACUGCAGGUGAUCACCCUGGCCGAGCUGUACAGACAUUACAGAUGGAACUACAGCAGAUCAUGAAGGGCAACUUCAGUUCAUUUAUGCAGAAGGAAAUAUUUGAGCAGCCUGAAUCUGUUGUUAACACAAUGAGAGGAAGAGUCAACUUUGAUGAUUUUACUGUGAAUUUGGGAGGUUUGAAAGAUCACAUAAAAGAAAUCCAGAGAUGUCGACGUUUGAUUCUUAUUGCAUGUGGAACAAGUUAUCAUGCUGGAGUUGCAACUCGUCAAGUUCUUGAGGAGUUGACAGAAUUGCCUGUUAUGGUGGAACUUGCCAGUGAUUUUCUGGAUAGAAAUACUCCAGUUUUUCGAGAUGAUGUUUGCUUUUUUAUCAGUCAGUCAGGAGAGACAGCAGAUACAUUAAUGGGUCUUAGAUAUUGUAAAGAGAGAGGAGCCUUAACAGUUGGAAUUACAAAUACUGUUGGCAGCUCCAUCUCAAGAGAGACAGAUUGUGGAGUUCAUAUUAAUGCCGGUCCAGAGAUUGGUGUGGCCAGCACAAAGGCUUACACAAGCCAAUUUGUAUCUUUGGUGAUGUUUGCCCUCAUGAUGUGUGAUGAUAGAAUUUCAAUGCAAGAAAGACGUAAAGAAAUAGUGCUUGGUUUAAAGGGAUUGCCUGAUUUGAUAAAGGAAGUGCUGAGCAUGGAUGAUGAAAUUCAGAAACUCGCCAUAGAACUUUAUCAUCAAAAAUCAGUAUUGAUAAUGGGACGUGGAUAUCAUUAUGCUACAUGCCUUGAAGGAGCCCUAAAAAUCAAAGAAAUCACAUAUAUGCAUUCAGAAGGUAUCUUAGCUGGUGAACUGAAGCAUGGCCCAUUGGCUUUGGUAGAUAAAUUGAUGCCUGUCAUCAUGAUCAUCAUGAGAGAUAAUACGUACGCUAAGUGUCAGAAUGCUCUACAACAAGUUGUUGCUCGACAGGGAAGACCUGUAGUUAUUUGUGACAAAGAAGAUACUGAGACCAUCAAGAACACUAAAAGGACAAUCAAGGUUCCCCAUUCAGUGGACUGCCUGCAGGGCAUCCUCAGUGUUAUCCCUUUGCAAUUAUUGGCUUUCCAUCUUGCUGUUCUGAGGGGAUAUGAUGUUGACUUCCCAAGAAAUCUGGCCAAAUCUGUUACUGUGGAAUAAAAUAUAUCUGAGAUACUGGAGAAGAUAACAGUGAAAGAAGCUUUUUUGUAUCAAAUAACUUGAUUUUAAAAAUCAUCCCCUUCUGGCCUUAUUUCAUUAAAUCCAGAUUUAUCAACUAUUAUUAUUUUUCCACUUAAAUUAGUGGGGUUUCUUUGGCAAAAAUGAUUUCUUACAUUUUUCCAACAUGUGUUGUUGACUUUUUGUUGUUGUUUUGAAUAAUGAAAUCUGUCAGAAAGAGGUCUUAAACUACCAUUUUCUUUAAAAGAUUGUUAAAGCUUAAAUUUUGGGCCUAUGAAGAGGGUUUUAUUUUAUUAAAUAGUAAGUGUUUCCUGUGCCAUGCUUUAUUCAUUUAAACCAAUGAGAGAGUGCAUUUUAUUGAAUUAUCCAAAGCCAAUGUUGAUAUGUGCCAAUAUCUGGAAACUGCAUUCAGACUUUACUAAAUGAGAUACAAAAAAAUGUGUAGCUUUGAUUUAUUUUAAACUUAUUUUGUUUUCAGUUUGUAAAACUUGUAAAUUGAAAAUUUUGUUGACUAAAUUUUAUUAGUAUUUAACAUGUUAACUUCCCAAAGAUGUUGCCUGUUGGAAUCUACAGAUUGUAAGAAUAUAGGAGAGAAUUAUAUAUUGAGACAUCAGGUUUUUUCUAAUCUAAACUGAACACAUUUCAGUAAUGUCAGAUAACUUGUAAGUUUUUCAUAGUGCAGCUCUAAUAUCUUACCUGCUUUUGGUUAGCUUAAUGAAAAUCCAGAAUACAGUGGUUUUUUUUUGUUGAAAUUCAAUACACACAUAUUAAGGAUAUUCUUCCUUUGUGUCUCUGGUUAAAUAUAGUUUAAAAUUUUUAUGAUACCGAUGUUCUGUAUUCAUGCUAACUGAAUUACUUAUUUAACUUGCUUUUUAAAACACAGACCAGGGAUGUAAUCAAAUGCUUACAAAAUUUUACCAGUAUUGGUGUGUAUAACUGGAAACCUUUUAACCACAGAAGCAUGAAACUACUACCAAUACUAAUGUCUUCUCUUAACUCCUUGAAAAGUUUCAUGCAAUGAAGUAACUACAUUUGAAUGCUUAGUUAUAUAUCAAACUUAGAGUUCCUUGGUGCCAGUUUGGCAACUUGUCGAUGAAGAGAAUUUGGAGAGACUGCAGUUCCUUUUUAGUUAUAAUUUGACUUUAUCUGGAAGUUCACUAAGAAGCUUGACUGAACAAAGCUAUACACAUUUAUAUUUAUAUAUGUAAAGGAUUUGUUUACAUUGCAUCAUAUUCAAUGUUUUUUGGAUUUUUUGUGUUUUCUGUAUUUGUUUCCUGGUAGAUAAAUUUGUAAUGAAGGAAAAUAUAAAUACUUUUGCAAUAUCUUCAGCUGGUUUAAUGCCAGAAAUGGAAAUUGUUGAGAAGUUAAUUUCAAUUUUAGCAAACAUUUUUAGCAACCAUUUUUCACAAGAAAAAAAAAAUUGUACUAGAUAAUGAGGGGCACAGAUCAAAACGAAAGCCUUUAUUCAAGGGAACUUAAAAUCUAGUAGGUUGGGUGAAAGGUAUAUACCUUAAAAUUGGAUAGGAUUAAAGGAUGGACUAGUGGUAUCUGAAACCUCUCAAAGAGGAUGCUCAUCCUGUCUAUCUGUAUUGGCACUUUUCUCUGCACUGUAGAGACUGUGCUUUUUAAAAUGGAAACUCUCAAGUUGGAUUCUAAUUUAUACAAAGUGGAAGUGAAAACUUGGAAUUGGGAAUAUCCUUUCAGCCAAAGUAUCGAGGAAUUAUAUAUGGCAAAUAGGUGAAAGAAGGCAAAAUGAAAUUGAGUAGAAAGUUUAAGUCGGCUGGAAUAUAUAGUGUUUUAAGGGGACAUGUAUGGAAUAAAGUUUGGCCAAGAAUAAAAUGGAGCUAAAUUGUAUAGGGCUAAGCUAAGGAGAUUGUGGUUUAUUUUGUAGGCAAUGAGGACUUGAAGGCUUUGGGACAUGAAGAAAUGUGAUUAGACUUAUACAUUAGGAAUUUUACUUUGGCAGCUGUAUCUAAGAAGAUAUUUGAAAGGAUCUGACACUGAAGCCAACAAAGUCUAUGUGGGAGAUAAGGAAAGCCUGAACUAAUGAGUAUACAAUAUGAGAUGUGUAUAUACAUUUUUACAUCUAAUGUUAAUAUAUAAAUUGAGCAUAGUAUCGCACUUGUUGUAGAUUUGAAAGUAAAUUCCUUAACAACAGGAACUGUGUUCCACAAUUGUAUACCCAAGUUUACUACAGUGCUUAGAACAAAGGAUAUGCUUAAUGGAUUCUUGUUGAUUGAUUGUUAUAGGAGUAAAUUUUUGAUUAAGGGGUGGGAAAAAAAAGGAGAAUAUCUCUUAUAUUGUUUGGUUAAUUCCUUUUCUCUCAGUGUUUUGUCAUAUUUAACCUGUUAAAAUGUUUAACUUUUUUAAAAAUUCAGAAAAAUUUAGGAAAUUAAGUCUACUUCUAGAAUAUCUGUUGCCCUUUUAUUAAUGUUUAUAGUGGAAAAAAUUAGGAAAUUUAAGAAUGUCAUGUUUUACAAAGUUGAAAUUGUGUGUUGGCUUUUGUGUUAUCAGGGAUUGGUCUAAAAAUUGAUACUAUUAGCAGUUCUGGUGUCUUCAAUAAGAGCAAGAAAUUUAGCCAGUGUUUAUGAUAUUGGUUAAUAUGAAUAGAAAUAACUAGGUAAUUCUAUUAUGGAUUGAGAUUUGGAGAAAUUCUUAUUAAGAGGGUUCAGGCUUCAUCCCAAUCAAUAAAUAUGUUUAAUUGCAUUAAGAA